AUGGUCUCCCAGGAUGCUGGCAGCGCGACCCCAAUCCCCACCACCGAAACCGCGCCAGAUGCCCCGGAGAGCGACAUUCCAGAGGAGAAAUGGAAGGCCAUGCAAACAGUGCUCAACAAUGUUUACAACCACAGGAUCGAGGAUGGUUACGAUCCAUCCAAGCUCUUCCAGCGCAAGAUCAACAAACGCCAACUGCCCGAUUACUACGAAGUUAUCAAGGAGCCCAUGGCCCUGAGCAUCAUCAAACAGAAGGUCCACGGCAGGGAGUACACGAGCUUUGAGGACUACGUCCGCGACUUUUCCCUCAUCACCUACAACGCCCAGGUCUACAACCGCCAGGACUCACAGGCACACCAAGACGCGCUCGUCAUCAAGGAGUUCUUCGAGUCGGAACUGAAGCGCUUGAUCGAGGAAAAGAUCAUCGUGGAAGCGGAGGCGAAGAUACCAUAUUUGGGCGAGAUCCCCACCUACGAAGACCCCGCGCCGGAGGAGCCAGAAGAAGAGGAAGAGGAGGAAGAGGAGGAGGAAGACGAUGAAGAGGACGACGACGAUGAGGACGAGAAACCGAGACGUAAGCGAGGCGGCCCUAGGUCCACCGCGGCCAUCACAAAACGCGAAAGCGGAGGCGGCAAGGAGGAGACCAAAGACAAGGCGGCGGCAAAUGACGCCGAGUCGCGCAAAAAGAGAGGCCGGCCACCGCGGGUAGAUACUCCGAUGGAAGCUCGGAUCAAGGCUAUCAUGAAGGCCAUUCGGAAGCCCAGGAACGAUCAGAACCAGCUGAUGGUCAGCCAUUUCGAGCGCGUGCCCGACAAAAACGUCAUGCCCGAGUACCACAAUGAGAUCAAGAUUCCCAUGGCCAUGGACAUACUCAAAAAGAAGCUGAAGAGGAAGAAAUACCAGUCCAUCGACCAGUUCAUGAAGGAUGUCGAAGUCAUGUUUGAAAACGCCAAGUCGUACAACGAGGACGAAAGCCAAAUCUACAAGGACGCCGUCUAUCUGCAGAAGGAAUCCCGCAAGGCCGCCGACGAAGAAAAGAAGAAGCCAGACUCCGACUAUGUCAUGGAAGAUGGCCGGAUACCCAUGCCUGAAGGGAUUCUGCACAACGGCGAGCUAUGGAGGGUUGGCGACUGGGUCCACAUCCAGAAUGCCAACGAUUUGACCAAGCCCAUCGUCGCUCAGAUAUAUCGAACAUGGCAGGACUCCGAGGGUGGUAAGUGGGUCAACGCGUGCUGGUACUACAGACCAGAGCAAACGGUGCAUCGCUUCGACCGCCAUUUCUACGAAAACGAGGUCGUCAAGACCGGACAGUAUCGCGACCACCCCAUUGAUGAGGUGAUUGAUAAAUGUUUCGUCAUGUUCUUUACACGCUACAACAAGGGCCGGCCGAGGAAUCUUCCUGCAGACAAGGAGAUUUAUGUUUGCGAGGCGCGGUAUAACGAGGAGAAGCACAAGCUCAACAAAAUCAAGACCUGGGCUAGUUGCUUGCCUGAUGAGGUCCGAGACAAAGACUACGAAAUGGACCUGUUUGAUGCUCCACGGAAGAUCAGGAAGGUGCCAAGUCCCAUUGCAUACCUUCUGAAGGACGAGGCAAAGGAAAGUGACGAUUUACCGGAACCUGAAUGGGGAGCAGCAAACGCCCCACCAAAGAUUGGUGCAGUCCACAAGCGGCCCCGAGACCCCAAAGAAUCACCACCACCAGAGCCAACACCCUCACCGCCCCCGCAACCUCCGCCGCCGCCGCGUCAAGACUCGAAUAUGUCGGCCCAUGCAGCAAAUGGCGCUAGCGGUCCAAGACCAGACUUUCCAAUGGGAGCAUCGCAAACGCCAGGUGCCGCCCCAACGCCACAACCUCACCAUUCGCAACCCGCCUACACUCCUCAGCCACACACCUACCAUCAACAUUCCGCCUCACCCGCCCCGCCGAUGCAACCCCUCGGCGCAUCACACCCAAACAGCUUUGCUACAGGCCUCACCCCCCACACAAGCGCCUACGCCGCCCCUCCCAGCGUCGCGACACCUGUCCCCUCUACCUAUUCCACCGGGCCGCCCAUGCCUUCCACCCUCUACGCUCAGCAGCUCCGUUCGCAGCAGCACACCUCGCACCUCCCCAGCAGCACCGCCGCCGUCGCCGCCUCUGUGACCAACCCCUACGCGACACCACACACGCCCUACGGCGCCGCUCCCGCGCUGGGCGGCAGCGUGCUCAACCCGCAGUCGUACAAGCCAGCCCAGGCGAUUGAGGUCUACCGCCUCGACGACCACACCAACGCCACGAUCCCGCCGCGCGUCCGCGACCAAUUUCAACAGGACGAGCAAGGGCGUGUGCUUUUCUUCACCGCGCCGCCGCUCGACGCGCUGCCGCCGGGCAGUGGCAGUGGCAGUGGCGACAACAGCAACAACAAUGUCGGUGCCGGCGGUCUGGCCCAUGACGUCCGUUACCUCGCCGCCAAGAAGAAACGCGAGGCGCUACUGCGCGAGCGGAAACGCAAAGUGGCGGCCGGAGGCGAAGCAGCAGCGACCGAGGGCGCAGCACUUGCGAACAAGAAGGCCCGCACACAGCAGGACGAAGUCGACCUCCGCCAGCAAAUCGACGCCCUCACCAUCCGCGCCGCAAAGGCCCUCGAGCAACAGCUCCGCGCCGCCACCGAGCGCGAUUUUGAAGAACUCCUCGCUUUCGCACCUGACGACGACGCAGAUGUCAGCGGUGAUGAUGGUUGGAAGCGCCGCAUGCAGCAGGAGUUGAACCGCCUGGGCGAGGCGCAGCAGGAGCUGUUGAGGAAGGAGCUGGCGCGCGAGGAGGCAGAAGAGCGGUGGAGGCGCUCGCUGGAGGUUAGGGUGACGGGGACGGGGGCGUUGUUGGAGGAUUAG